ACCUGACACGCUGGCCAAUUUCGACGUCGUCUCCCGACGACUUCAGAUCGUGUUCUGUGAGUUGUGAAGAGAAUUGUUGGGGCGCCGCCGAGCUGACACUGGUUCAGAUCACCGGCCCCAUCCAAAGUUUCAUCUACUUCCAAGACACCACCUACGCGACGUCAGAAGCAUGAAGUGGACUGUGUUGGUCCUGGCUCUUGUGCUGUCCGCCUCGAUCAGUGGGACAAAUGCACAAGGCUGCCCCGACGGCUGGGCAGAAAAAAGUGCCAGGUGCUAUCAAUUCUUCAUGGGUUCAAUGACCUUCUCGCAAGCGGAAGCUUUGUGUGCAUCACACAAUGCCAGGGUAGCUCUCCCGAAAGAUCAAGCGCUCAACGACUUCAUCGUGGCGUUGCGGAACAGCAACGCACGGGACGCGCAGUUCCCCGCCUGGAUUGGACUGAAGGAUGUAGACGUAGAGAACGAACACAGGUGGACAGACGGUACUUUGCUAGAGGGCUACGCCAACUGGGCAGACGGUGAACCCAACGAUGCGCCCGGCGAAGCAGACUGUGUUCGAAAUGAGAGAUCUGAUGCCGACGAACGAUACAGAAACAAGUGGAGGGAUUAUCCUUGUGACAGCGCGUCGUUUGGCGUGUUCUGUGAAACGCUCUCUCCGUGUGAGGUAGACAAAGGGACCUGCUCUGCAUCUGGAGACCCACACUACACGAGCUUCGACAACCGUCGUCAUCAUUUCCAAGGCCGGUGCAGAUACACAUUAGCCAAAGAUUGCGGAAACAACGAAUUUACUGUGGAGGCAAAGAACGAACCCUGGGGAACAAGGCCCGUUUCCGUUACCCGUGAAAUCUACGUGAUAGCAUUCGGGAUAACAAUCGGCAUUCUUCAAUACGAUGGGUCGAAUAACCGUCAUACCGUUACGCUGGACACUGGAAAUGGAGGAGGUCCAACGUACUUAAAUUCGCCCUCCUACGUCGACCCACUGGGCAGGAUAACGGUGGGCGUGGUCGGCAGAUAUGUCCAUGUGAGGUUGACGGACCAGUGCGUAGAUGUAUAUUUCGACGGGAGACACAAAGUCCGGGUGAACGUUCCAAGAACCUACAUGGGGAACAUGUGUGGACUCUGCGGCAACUUCAACGACGAUGCUUCCGAUGACCUGAAUGGCCAAAGCACGACCGUUUUCGGGAAUUCCCAUCUCGUCGACAUCUCGUAUUGCCCUGGAGGUGACAUAGGCCCGACGGAUGACCCACCGACCCCCUGCGAUGAGGCAUUGGAUGCUAUAGUGAGGGACAAUAGCAACUGCGGGAGGAUAACAGAUGCCAACGGCCCGUUUGCUAUUUGCCACAAUGUUGUUGAUCCCAAUGACUACUUCGAGAACUGCGCCUUUGACAUGUGCGUCGGCGGAGCGCCUGAUGCGCUGUGCCAGGGCCUUGAGGCAUAUGCUGACGACUGUGCGGCAGCCGGCGUGCAACUUAAUUGGAGGACAGCGAACUUGUGUCCCUUACCAUGUCCAGCGAACAGCGAGUACAGGUCGUGCAUGACUCCGUGCCCUCCGACCUGCAGGGAUCAAUCCGCCACCUGUGAUGCGCCCUGUGUAGAAGGCUGCGAGUGUAUCGCAGACCACAUCUGGAGUGGAGAUAGCUGUGUGCCAGUAAACCAAUGCGGAUGUGUUGACCCCGACACCGGUGAAUAUUUUCAGCUCAAUGCGGAAUGGGGAACACCAGACGGGGAGCAAUGCCGGUGCGAUGAGGGAGGGAUCAUCAACUGUGACGAAGUGCCCUGUGAUGUAGAUGGAGGAUACGCCUGGACGAACGUUAAUGGGGUUUAUGGGUGCAAUUGCAUAGGCGACUGUUGUGAUAGAGUACUCUGCAAGGCAUCCGGAGAUCCACACUACUGUACUGCUGACCAGAGGCGUCAUCAUUUCCAAGGCGGGUGCACAUACACGUUCGCCAAGGACUGUGUCGGCAACGACUUUACCGUAGAAACCAAAAACGUACCCUCACCCAGGAGGCCAUCUGUUUCACUUGUGCGGGCAGUGUGGGUAUAUAUAACCAUUGAUAAUGUUACGUGGGUGAUCUGCAUUCUUCAACGCAGAGUUGUGAGGGUGAACGACGUGACCCGCACGCUUCCCCUCAGCCUAGCAGGUGGCCAGAUCGAUGUCAAACUCACUGGUAGGUUUGUCCGAAUUGAGUUGGUGGAAUUGUGCGUGGUCAUCCUCUACGAUGGACGUCACCAAGUCAAGGUGGAGAUUCCACGUAACUACCAGAACAGGCUGUGUGGAUUGUGCGGUAACUUCAACGGCAACAAGAACGAUGACUACAUGUUGCCAGAUGGGUCCACCGCCCCGAAUUGGAACGUAUUCGGCAAUGCUUGGCAGACCGACGAUGAUUGUGACGUAGACCCUCCGACCGGUGACCCUCCGACCCUAGGACCGUGUGACCCGCAAUAUUCGGACCCGUGUGACGUCCUUACAGAUACGAGCGGCCCGUUUGCUACAUGCAUUCCUGUUGUAGACCCUACGCCUUACGUCGAAGACUGUGUCUACGACAUGUGUCAAACGCAGACAGGCAUUUGUUCAAUCCUCGAGACAUAUUAUGACACCUGUAUGGAAGCAGGCGUGCCAGCCUUCGCGUGGCGCUCCCAAGACUUCUGUCCUAUGGAUUGCCCAGCAAACAGCCAUUACUCUGCAAGCGCAAGCGCCUGCCCUGCAACCUGCGUGAACCCCGACGCCCCGGACAACUGCAACGUUUUCCCUGAAUUUGGAGAAGGAUGCGUGUGCGAUGAGGGCUACAGGCAAAGUGGACAGGAGUGUGUACCGGCAUCGCAAUGUGGUUGCAUCGACGUUUAUGAGAACUACUAUAUGAUCGGGGAACAAUGGGGAACAGAAGACGGACAACAAUGUGAGUGCGGAUUUCCCUUUGGCCCCGGGUUCCCAUGGAUCACCUGUAAUCCAGCGACCUGCAAUGAAGAAGACGGCUACAGCUGGACGCUCGUGGAUGGAGUAUGGGGAUGCCACUGCGUUUUACCCUGCUGUGAUAGAGCAAUAUGCUAUGCAAACGGAGAUCCACACUACUGUACCCCGGACGGAAGGCGUCAUCAUUUCCAAGGCCCGUGCAGAUACGUAUUCGCCAAAGACUGUGGAAACAGCAGUGACUUUACCGUGGAGGUACAACAAGUACCAUCACAAUGGAACCCAGCUGUUUCAAUUGUGCGUCAAGUGUUCGUGAUAGCGUACGGGUACGAAAUAAAGAUUGAUCAAGGCCGUGUUGUGACGGUGACACCACCAGGGCCACCCCCGGUCACCCCAACCAUCACACUUCCUCCACCCCCAGCAAUGGGCAAGAUCAGGAUCACACAGAGCGGCCGGUAUAUCCGGGUAGAGCUGAUAGAAUUGUGUGUGGAGGUUCUCUACGACGGGAGACAUGAAAUCAAGGUGGAGAUUCCAAGUAACUAUCAGAAUGACCUGUGUGGACUGUGCGGUAACUACAACGGCAUACCGGGUGAUGACUACAUGUUACCAGAUGGGACUGUCGCUUCGAACUGGAACGAUUUCGGCAAUAGCUGGGUGACAGACAUCAAUACGUGUGAUGGAGACCCCCCAACCGGUGAACCUCCGACCCUCGGACCGUGUGACCCGAACCUUUCGGACCCGUGUGAAGCGAUCAGAGACCCAUCGGGGCCGUUUGCUGAUUGCCAUCCAUAUCUAGAUCCCGAGGCGUACUACAACAACUGCGUCUUCGACAUGUGUCAUACCGGGGAGUCCCUUUGUGAGAACAUGGAGACAUAUUAUGGCUUCUGUCUGCAGGAGGGAUCGCCUCCCUUUGAUUGGCGGCCUUCAAUCCCUUGUCCAAUGGAUUGCGGAGCAAACAGCCAUUACUCUACUUGCACAAGCCCCUGCCCUGCGACCUGUGUAGACCCCACCGCCCCAGAUAGCUGCUUUGGAGAGUGUGUAGACGCCGGAGAUAACUGUCUUCAGGACUGUGUGGAAGGCUGCGAGUGCGAUGAAGGCUACAUCCAAAGCGGUUCGGAAUGCGUACUUCCUGUGGACUGUGGAUGCACCGACGAAGAUGGAUUCUACCAUCCGCUUGGAGAUGUAUGGGAAGAUGAUGGUGAGGAAUGUGAAUGCUUUGCGGAUGACACUAUCGUCUGCGAAGAAAUCGAUGGAUGCGAUCCCAACCCGUGCGAUCCCAAUGCUGCCUGUACAGACGUUCCAGCUCCUGGGACCGGUCAGGUCUGUACGUGUAACACUGGGUAUACGGGCGACGGAUACACAUGUACAGACACCGAUGGAUGCAAUCCCGAUCCGUGUGUUGCAAUGGCUACUUGUACCGACAAUAUGGCUCCCAUGACUGGUGCAGUCUGUACCUGUCCGCCAGGGUAUCACGGAGAUGGCAAAAUUCAUGGGACCGGAUGUACAGACAUCAGCGGUUGCGAUCCGAAUCCGUGUCAUAUCCUCGCUACCUGCGAAGAUGUUCCUGCUCCAGGGACCGGUGCAGUUUGUAUCUGCCCGUUUGGAUAUGAGGGCGAUGGAACAAUGGGUGGGACCGGGUGCACAGUCAUACAGUGCUCUCCACAAAGUCCUCCUACAAACGGUGCAGUGAGCGGCGGUAACUCCCCCGGAGACGAGGCCACCUUCACGUGUGACCCUGGUUACUACCUGGUGGGCGUUAAUCCACUAGUCUGUCAGGCUGGUGGGACUUGGAGUGACACUGCACCAACAUGCGUAGAUGAUGAUGAAUGCACUGAUGGUACCCACAACUGUGACGUUAACGCAAGCUGUGGUAACACAAUCGGCUCGUACACCUGUACCUGUAACGUCGGUUUCAGCGGAAACGGAGUCACCUGUACUGAUGACGAUGAAUGUACUGAUGGUACCCACAACUGUGACGUUAACGCAAGAUGUGGUAACACAGUCGGCUCGUACACCUGUACCUGUAACGACGGUUUCAGCGGGAACGGAUUCACCUGUACUGAUGACGAUGAAUGUACUGAUGGUACCCACAACUGUGACGUUAACGCAAGCUGUGGUAACACAGUCGGCUCGUACACCUGUACCUGUAACGUCGGUUUCAGCGGAAACGGUGUCACCUGUACUGAUGACGAUGAAUGUACUGAUGGUACCCACAACUGUGACGUUAACGCAAGCUGUGGUAACACAGUCGGCUCGUACACCUGUACCUGUAACAACGGUUUCAGCGGGAACGGAUUCACCUGCACUGAUGACGAUGAAUGUACUGAUGGUACCCACAACUGUGACGUUAACGCAAGCUGUGGUAACACAGUCGGCUCGUACACCUGUACCUGUAACGUCGGUUUCAGCGGAAACGGAGUCACCUGUACUGAUGACGAUGAAUGUACUGAUGGUACCCACAACUGUGACGUUAACGCAAGCUGUGGUAACACAGUCGGCUCGUACACCUGUACCUGUGACAACGGUUUCAGUGGAGACGGAUUCACCUGCACUGAUGACGAUGAAUGUACUGAUGGUACCCACAACUGUGACGUUAACGCAAGCUGUGGUAACACAGUCGGCUCGUACACCUGUACCUGUAACGACGGUUUCAGCGGGAACGGAUUCACCUGCACUGAUGACGAUGAAUGUACUGAUGGCACCCACAACUGUGACGUUAACGCAAGCUGUGAUAACACACCUGGAUCGUUUACCUGUACCUGUAACGACGGUUUCAGCGGGAACGGAUUCACCUGCACUGAUGAUGAUGAAUGCACUGAUGGUACCCACAACUGUGACGUUAACGCAAGCUGUGGUAACACAGUCGGCUCGUACACCUGUACCUGUAACGUCGGUUUCAGCGGGAACGGAUUCACCUGUACUGAUACCAAUGGAUGCAAUCCCGAUCCGUGUGUUGCAAUGGCUACUUGUACCGACAAUGUGGCUCCCAUGACGGGUGCAGUCUGCACCUGUCCGCCAGGGUAUCACGGUGAUGGUAAAGUUCAUGGGACCGGAUGUACAGACAUCAGCGGUUGCGAUCCGAAUCCGUGUCAUAUCCUCGCUACCUGCGAAGAUGUUCCUGCUCCAGGGACCGGUGCAGUUUGUAUGUGCCCGUCUGGAUAUGAGGGCGAUGGAACAAUGGGUGGUACCGGGUGCACAGAUAUCGAUGGAUGCGAUCCCAACCCGUGCGACGCCAAUGCUGCCUGUACAGACGUCGCAGCUCCUGGGACCGGUCAGGACUGUUCUUGUAACACUGGGUAUGAGGGAGAUGGGUACACAUGUACAGAUACCGAUGGGUGCGAUCCCAACCCGUGCGAUGCCAAUGCUGUCUGUACAGACGUUGUAGCUCCUGGGACCGGUCAGGACUGUUCGUGUAACGCUGGGUAUGAGGGCGAUGGAUACACAUGUACAGAUACCGAUGGGUGCGAUCCCAACCCGUGCGAUGCCAAUGCUGCCUGUGCAGACGUUGCAGCUCCUGGGACCGGUCAGGACUGUACGUGUAACGCUGGGUAUGAAGGAGAUGGGUACACGUGUACAGAUAUCGAUGGAUGUGCUGGCGACCCGUGCGAUGCCAAUGCUGCCUGUACAGACGUUCCAGCUCCUGGGACCGGUCAGGACUGUUCGUGUAAUGCUGGGUAUGAAGGAGAUGGAUACACAUGUACAGAUAUCGAUGGGUGCGAUCCCAACCCGUGCGACGCUAAUGCUGCCUGUACAGACGUCGCAGCUCCUGGGACCGGUCAGGACUGUUCGUGUAACGCUGGAUAUGAGGGAGAUGGAUACACAUGUACAGACAUCGAUGGAUGCGAUCCCAACCCGUGCGAUGCCAAUGCUGCCUGUGCAGACGUUCCAGCUCCUGGGACCGGUCAGGACUGUACGUGUAACACCGGGUACUCUGGAGAUGGAUACACAUGUACAGACACUGAUGGAUGCAAUCCCGAUCCGUGUGUUGGAAUCGCUACUUGUACCGACAAUGUGGCUCCCAUGACGGGUGCAGUCUGUACCUGUCCGCCAGGGUAUCACGGUGAUGGUAAAGUUCAUAUGACCGGAUGUACAGACAUCAGCGGUUGCGAUCCGAAUCCGUGUGUUUACCACGCUACCUGCGAAGAUGUUCCUGCUCCAGGGACCGGUGCAGUUUGUAUCUGCCCGUCUGGAUAUGAGGGCGAUGGAACAAUGGGUGGAAACGGGUGCACAGAUAUCGAUGGGUGCGACCCCAACCCGUGUGAUCCCAAUGCUGCCUGUGCAGACGUCCCAGCUCCUGGGACCGGCCAGGAAUGUACGUGUAACACUGGGUAUGAGGGAGAUGGAUACACAUGUACAGACAUCAAUGGUUGUGAUCCCGACCCAUGUGUUUCAAUCGCUACCUGUGAAGACCUCCCACCUCCCGAAACCGGGGCGCUUUGUCACUGUCCACCUGGGUAUGGAGGCGACGGAUUCAUGGAUGGAACUGGAUGCACAAAGUUGACCCGGGACGACCUGUGUGUACUGCCAGGGAGAGGAAUUUGCCGUUCAUGCGGAGAUCCACACACGACGAUGUUUGACAGAACACGUCACCACUUCCAAGGCCCGUGCAGAUACACAUUCGCCAAGGACUGUGGAAACAGCAGCGAUUUCACCGUGGAAGUACAACACGUGCCCGUACCUCAUAGGCCAGUUGUGUCCGUUGUGCGUGAGGUGUACGUGAUAGCAUACGGGUACGAGAUCGGAAUUCACCAAGGAAAUGAAGUGACGGUGAACGGAGUGAUGUACACUGGGUCGAUUCCCUUCUGGCUUGCAAUGGGCAAGAUCCGGGUCAGGUACCGAGGUAUAUGGGUUCACGUGCGGCUGGUAGAGUACUGCGUGGACAUCUUCUACAAUGGGCGUCACUGUGUGAAGGUGAAGGUUACGCCUUUCUACUGGGACAGGAUGUGUGGACUGUGCGGUAACUUUAACGGCGACAUGACCGAUGACUACAUGUUGCCAGAUGGGACCAUCGUUUCCAACUGGAACGAUUUCGGUCAUAGCUGGCUGGUCGAGGAAGAAGAGGAAGAGAACUGUGGAGGAGGAGGAGACCCCGGUCCGUGUCCAGAAGGCUUGAUGGAAGUUGUGUCGGCAAAUGACAUGUGCGGACUCAUUAUGGACCAUUACGGUCCGUUUGGUGUUUGCCAUGAUCAUGGGGUGGAUCCUCAGGAUUUCUUUGACGACUGCGUCUACGACAUGUGUGUCCAGGAAGAUAUCGUGGGCCUCUGUGAGAACCUGGAGGCAUACGCUGACGCCUGUGAGGACGCCGGUGUGGUCAUUACUUGGCGAACUGCAACCCUUUGUCCCUUGCCGUGUCCACCAAACAGCCAUUACAACCCAUGUGCUAGCCCCUGUCCUGCGACCUGCCAGGAUCCGGACGCUCCAAACAACUGUCCAGACGUCUGUGUAGAGUGCUGCGAGUGCGAUCCCGGUUACGUCAUGAGCGGACCUCACUGUGUCCUACUGGAGGACUGUGGAUGCACCGACCCUAUGACUGGUCGUUACUACCCGCUCGAGGAAACUUGGAUACAGAACGGGAAACGUUGUGUUUGCACAAGAAAUGGCAUCGUCUGCACAGAAUGCUCCUUUGACAUCGUUUUUAUACUGGACCGUUCUUCAAGUAUUGGACCGUACGGAAUGUACAUCGCCGAGAAAUACAUCGCUCAUAUCAUCAGAUGUCUGCGUGGUCUGGAUGUAGAAGUCGGGUACAUUGUGUUUGACUGCAUAUCGAAGUGGCUGAUCUCUCUGGGAAUCUACAACGUGGACACAACUGCUCUCAUCCCAGAAGUCAAGGCUGCUGAGUUCACUGGAGGGGAGAGCCGAGUUGGGAACGCCAUUUAUCAUUUGAUGUGUACGGUAAGAGCGUUGUUUGCUCAUCUUCUAGCUUUGUACAUUGUUUAUGAUAUAGUAUUGUCCUGUUAUGAGACUGGGACGGAAUUGUGUGUGUUAUUUUUUUUUUCUAUUUUGCUUUUGGAUAGACGAGGACAAUGUGGCACUGCUCUCAAGUUUUUGUAACUUGUCUAACAUUGU